GAAGGGGACUACAUAUACAAUGGCUCAAUAUACAUGGCGACAUGCUAGCAAUAGCAACCCGGACAAUCCAAUACCCACCGAUCAUCCUUUCAAUAACGUCAACAACAACGAACCCCUCCUUGUAGACACCACCACCAUCGCUCCAACAGGCUAUUUUUAUCAUCGCGACGACAACGACGACAACGACUCCGCGCUAGGCGACGACAAAGCCAGCUCGACGACCUCCCUCAACGAAAGUAUCUUCAACUACCAAUACGAAAACGGGCGCCGAUACCAUGCGUUUCGCGCCGGCGCAUACCCUCUACCAAACGACGAGAUGGAGCAGGAUCGCAUGGAUAUGCAACACCAUAUUUAUUUGUUGCUGUUCGGGGGCGAAUUAUAUCGUGCGCCGAUCGGUAGGAAUGGACAGAGCGACAUAGGGAAAGCAUUAGAUAUCGGUUGUGGGACGGGGUUAUGGGCCAUUGAUUUCGCGGAUUCGCAUCCAGAGACGCAGGUCAUUGCGACUGAUUUAUCCUAUAUUCAACCAACCUGGGUGCCCCCCAAUUUGAGGUUUGAAAUCGACGACGCGGAAUCAGAAUGGCAUUUCCAUGAAGAAAAUAUCAAGUUUGAUUAUAUUCAUAUCCGGAGUAUGGCAGGAAGUAUAGCCGACUGGCCGCGAUUACUUCAAAGAGCAUACGACCAUCUCUCUCCGGGGGGAUGGAUAGAAUUAACCGAAUUCGAAACCUGGGCUUCUACAGACGAUAAUAGUCUGCCCCUCAAUUCGGCAUAUCACCAAUACCAAGUCCUGCUGUGUGAAGCGGCAGCCUCAUUCGGCAAGGAAAUGAACAUAGCGCCUCAUAUACACCAACUGAUCCUCAAUGCGGGAUUUGUUCAUGUGCACAAAGAAGUUCAAAAAUGUCCGUUAUCGCCCUGGCCGAAGGAUAGAAGACUAAAAGAGUUGGCCAUGUAUAUGAAUCUGCAGAUGAUGGAGUCGAUUGAACCGUAUGGAUUGGCGUUGUUUUCGAGAGUGCUCAAAUGGGAUACGCCGAGGAUAUAUGCGUUGUUGGAUGGGGUGAGGAUGGAUUUGAGGAAUUUGAAUUAUCAUAUGUAUUCCAGGGUGCAUUGUGUAUAUGGACAGAAGCCGUAUAAUUGA